GGCGAGACCUUUUUAAUGUGCAAUAUCCUCGAUAUUAUUUUUGAGAUCCACAAUUCUUGCUAUCAAAAACAGUUUAUCAAUAGUCGUGGCACCGGGGAUCAAAGUCUGCGUACCACCUGCAAUGACGUCUCGUCUCUGUUGGAGAUUUCCACGGGAACAGAGACAGCACCGGCCGGCAGCACCAAACCACCUUUGACCGCAGCUCGAAUCAUCGAAUAACAUUGCAGGCGACGGCUGAGUCCAGGGGGGGGGGCAAAGUUUAGUGCUGUCCUGUCUGGCUGCAGAGUUUUGAAAGACACAGACACGCAGACACACACACACACCCUCUCUGAUCUCACUGUGAAAUCUUCAACAUCAAACUCAGAGCUUAGAGGAACCGCGCUCCGUGCCAUUGCUGUAGCCAGAGAGCUCUCCGCAGCUUCGGCUCUCUCCACACGAUACAGAACUGAGAUCAGGGCACUCAGCGACUGAACCAUGACUAUCGGGAAGAACUCAAGGAAGUCCCCCCAAGCUCCCCAAUAUCUGGACAAGGCCAGCGGGUUCUACUGCCGGCUGCAGGAGGCGGAAUUUCAGGACGACGUUCCCAUGCAUCCGGAGGGGCAGAAAAACAUGAAACGCACCAAGGAGCCAGGAAUGUUCGACUUCAACCGCGGCAUGAUGGACGAUGACGGGACCAAACCCCUGGUGAGGAGGAAAUCCUCCCGGAGCAGCAAGAGAAAGAAGCAGAGGGAAGGAUCCGCGCGUUCCCGGGAACGCCGGCCGGAAAACCCGGAGGAGGGGGACGGAAUUCCGGAGCAGGGGGACGGAACGGCGGAGACGGCCACCGGAGUCCACUUCGCAGUCCUGGAUGACCAUCAGAUCCUCCUGGAUGAGAAGAAACCAGAGAAGAAGUCCGAGGAAAAGGCAAUGAAGAUGGAAAAGAGAAGCACGAUGAAGCAGUACAGAAAGGCAAUCGACAGAGCUUUCAGGAGGGGCUGGGAGACCUUCAUCACCAGCCUGUACAGCAUGACCCUCACCCCAAUAACCUCCUCAUCAUCAUCCUCAUCGGCAGCUGAACACAGAUCUGCAAUAGCGGACUAGAGCCGUGUCUGCAGCGUGCGUGGUUAAAGAAAGGGGUCUCGAUACCAGGAGGUUCAAAUCCCGGCUCAGCCACUGACUCCCUGUGUGUGUGUGUGUGUGUGUGUGUGUGUGUGUGUGUGUGUGUGUGUGUGUGAGACCCUGAGCGAGUCAUUUCACCUCCUUGUGCUCCGUCCUUCAGAUCAGACGGAAAACAAACAAGCUCCUAUUGGAAGUGACUCAGCAGCAGCAGUUGUUGAUGAAGCAGAGUUCACCCCCCCUUAGCUUCCAUUUCUUUCCCUUAUUAAUUUUGCCAGAGGCCUUUAAGUUCUUUGCGAGCCUCAGCUGUAAAAGAUGAACAUUCUACUUCCUGGCACCUCGUCAUCACUUCCUGUUCUGUAGGUCACAAGGCCAGUUUGCAGCACCCACGCACAGGCCCCUGCUCCAGUCUGCCAGUCAGUUCUCUAUCUAGUUAGUUUUUACUUUCAAUGACCGUGUGAAGUCUGGUGUUUGUUAGACUGAAGGUUUCUGUAGCUUGGAAAAUUUAUCAGAUUUAUGAGAAAUGAUAGAUUUGUAAACUGAAUAUAUAUGGGCAGCAGUGUGGAGUAGCGGUCAGGGCUCUGGACUCUUGACCGGAGGGUCGUGGGUUCAAUCCCAGGUGGGGGACACUGCUGCUGUACCCUUGAGCAAGGUACUUUACCUAGAUUGCUCCAGUAAAAACCCAACUGUAUAAAUGGGGAAUUGUAUGUAAAAAUAAUGUGAUGUUAUCUUGUAACAAUUGUAAGUCGCACUGGAUAAGGGUGUCUGCUAAGAAUUAAAUUAUAUAUAUACACACAUUAUUUCAAGUACUUAUUUUAUCAAUGGGGUGUAUAUUCUAUAGAGAUCCUGUUUAACUGUGAAAUUUCUAGUUAGUGCCUAGAAGAGAAAAAAGCCAAACUUGUUUUUUUAAUGCUUUGCUUCUGUUAUAAAUGAAUAGACUGUGUUUGCCUUGCGCUGUUUAAUAUCAAAUAAUCAUAUUCUGUGUUUCUUGCAUAAGUGGCUUAUCGGAGAGAAUAUAUAGAGAGAUAUAAAUUAUAAGUGUCUUAUUAAUGUCAUUUAUUUUUCUAAUUUGGCAUACGUUAUGUAAAGUUUUUGUUUUUUUUCACAUACUAUUUUUAAUAUUGCGAAUUUUAAAAAAAAUAAAAUGUUUUUUUUGGUUCUGA